UGGGGUGCGCCUCCUAGUAAGAACUCUCCCCGUCCUCCUAGUCAGAACUCUCCCAGAGUCCCAGUGCCCUCCGCUUACCCAUGGCGGCGCCGGAGCAGGAGCCCAAUCCCGAAGCCGUAGCCCCAUCGCCAUCCCGCGAGCCGCCUCUGGAUCUAGAAGCCGAUACCCCUGCCGCUGUCGGCGGCCAUGCGCUGCAGCCAUGGGAGCAGCACGCCGCCGUGAUCAACCUCCCGCGCUACGACUACCGCGCGUCCGGGUCCCUCCUCCUCCGCUCCUGCUCAGGCUUCCUCAUCACCUGCCCCAUCAAACGUGAGAAAAGUGCAACCAAGGAAGCCAUUUCCAUUCUUGAAGAGUACAUUGGUUGUGCACAUUUGUCAGAAAACUCGGAACCAUGUGAUGUGAAAAUUGCAGCAAAGAGAAGAAAAUUGUGCUCUGAAACAUCGGAAGAUUUAGAAGAAUCAGCAACAAAUGGGAAGAAUGAUGCUCCAGAAUCAACUGGCAGCAUAGGGGAUUCCAAUUCACCUCAGUCCAAGACAAAUGAAAAUGUUGACAAGACUUCAAAGCUCUCACUGGUUAAGCUAUCAAGAAGCGGUUUGCUUUUCUUUAAAUUCCCUAGUGGUGGCUUUCAUGUUGUUCAGAUGCUAAAAGAAGUGCUUCAUUCACUCAGAUCUGGGAAGCUUAAAUCUCCACAAUGGUGUCACCGCAUAUUUCCCAUUCAGGAAACUUGUGUUCUAUCAGAAACAGAACUACAUGCCACUGUGUCGAGGUUAUUCCUUGACUUCUUAAGAAGCAAGAAGGACCACGAUGAGCCUAUCAAGUUCGCAGUUGCGUAUAAUAGAAGAGGAAUUGAUGAGACAGAGAUGAAGCUGCCGAAGAAAAGUAAUGAAGGUUUGAAUCAACAAGCUUUGAUGGACAGGGAACAAUGUUUCAAGGUCGUUGCUGCUGCUGUCAAAUCAGUCGCUGAGAACUCAGUGGUGGAUCUUAGAUCUCCUGAGGUGGCAGUACUAGUAGAGAUGCUGCCCCUUUCUGGGGUACCCCUUGGAUCUUCGGUGGCUGGGGUGUCCGUUCUCCCAGCCGAACUCAUCUCGACUAAGCCUCGCCUUUGCGUCAGGUCUUUGGUGUCGGAUGCAAAAGCAGCAAAGAAGUGAACCCCCUGCGUUGUUGAUACCAACCAGAGUAACUGUGACGCAUACGGUCCAAUUUGUUCACCUGGCCAUUUGUAUCAGAGUAGCUUCAGCCUACGCCUUCUUUGAUCAAGAUGAGUUUCUUUUUUUUAGACCAAUGUCAAGACGAGUUUAACAAGCAUAGAAGACACUUGUAUGAUGUCUUACGCGUUGUAUCAUCCUUAGCCCCCACCAACACUUGUUUGUCUGCCUUUGGGGAGGUCAAUUUGUAGCAGCAGAGUUCAUCCAGUUCUUGGAGGCAUGCUUCUUGUCGUUUUUAUUAGCGUGCCGAAAUGUCAAAACUGAGUUCGCUGCACAUGAUGCUGUUCUACUGUUUUCUGAACUUUGUCAAUUGUGUCCACUUCAACCACAAAUCAUGAUGCAUGUUGCUGAAGAAGCAGCCUCUGCAAUGGCUUUUGUUCCA